CGGAAUUUUUCUGCGCUUUUUUUUAUUUUUCAUGCUUCGUCCAUGAAUGCCCAUACAAAUCGUCAUAUAAUGUCGGGUGAGGUUCAGCUCGCCAACAAUUCUUCAUUCCAAAUUUUGACCGCGGCCGCAGUCCCAGCAUGUAUUCCCAGACGAUCCACGGCAUGCAAGCGUACAACCCGUACUCGAUGCAAGAUGAUUCGCACCUGCGGCAACGAACGUCUCCCGUGUAUAGCUAUUCGCAACAACCACGUCCGUACAUGCCCUACCACAACUCGUCCCCGAGGAAGUCGCACCACCAUGACGAAGAUGAAUUUUACCUGGAAACGCACGGCUACACGAUUGUCCCGACUGUUCCGACUCCUGUUGAACUGACUUCGUACGAAUAUGGCCGAACACCGACCGGUCGCGUCCUCGUCACAUCAGGCAACCAGACAGUCGAGUUUUUCUCGGGCGUGGUCAACUGCCCACCGUGUUAUAUGGAGUAAGUGCCGGUGACGAAGCAUCCAGCGCCCCAUCUUUUUGGAGCAAUAUUUAAACUAUGCUUUGUAUAUGUAUCCUAAGAAGUUGUAAUUAGAGGAAUGCAGCACUGGACAGUUUUGAUGGGAAACCCCAGUGCUUUAACAUCCCAAUCGAACUGUGCUCUCGUAAUAGUCAUGACUCGACAACCUAGUUUACUCCAAGGCAAUCAUUCCACACAUCUCAACUUGCCCUCGUGGUGUCAGCUAGGCAUCCAUGCAUAUCCACCUUGGAUGUGCGAUGACUUGGAUGUCGACAAGCAAACACUAAUCCUGUCCCUUCCAACCCUAUGUCCACGUCCUUAAUUGUCCACCUGGUGCCAACAUGAAAAGCGAGUCUCCAGCCUCAUGCGAAGCCCGAAUGAUAACCCAUGAAGCAUCGAUUGUCGCCGCCGUGUUGCA